AUGAACCCACUUGGACAUACUCCUCCACUUCAUAGGUCUACUCUGUGUCGACUGUUACGGCUUAGCAUCUUUCUACUACUUAGCCUUCCUGACUCUAAAGGAAAAGCAAUAUGGACAGCUCACCUGAAUAUAACAUUUCAGGUGGGAAAUCGGAUUAUUUCGGAACUAGGAGAGAGCGGAGUGUUCGGGAAUCAUUCUCCUCUGGAAAGGGUGUCUGGUGCAGUGGUACUUCCGGAAGGAUGGAAUCAGAAUGCUUGUAAUCCACUGACCAAUUUCAGCAGGCCUGAACAAGCAGACUCGUGGCUAGCCCUCAUUGAACGGGGAGGCUGUACAUUUACCCACAAAAUCAAUGUAGCUGCAGAAAAGGGAGCAAACGGGGUGAUCAUCUAUAAUUACCCAGGUACAGGUAACAAAGUAUUUCCUAUGUCUCACCAGGGAACAGAAAAUAUAGUUGCAGUGAUGAUAGGAAACCUCAAAGGCAUGGAACUUUUGCACUUGAUCCAGAAAGGAGUCUAUGUGACCAUCAUCAUUGAGGUAGGAAGAAUGCACAUGCCAUGGUUGAGCCACUACAUCAUGUCUCUGUUUACCUUCCUGGCAGCCACGGUGGCAUACCUUUUUUUGUAUUGUGCUUGGAGACCCAGAGUUCCCAAUACUUCGACCAGGAGACGGAGGCAGAUAAAGGCUGAUGUGAAGAGAGCUAUUGGUCAGCUUCAACUUCGAGUGCUCAAAGAAGGAGAUAAGGAGCUGGAUCCAGAUGAGGACAAUUGUGUUGUUUGUUUUGACAUGUACAAACCCCAAGAUGUAGUGCGUGUUUUAACUUGCAAGCAUUUUUUCCAUAAGGCAUGCAUUGACCCCUGGCUUUUGGCCCAUAGGACAUGUCCCAUGUGCAAGUGUGACAUUCUGAAAUCUUAA